AAAAAAAGAUGAAUGGCAAGAACAAGCAACAGUCCUACAUGGUCGACGAAUCUGUCAUGAUCUUCUUCUUGCUGUGCUCUUCUCUUCUACUAAAUUGUUCUGCAACAGAUACCAUGAGGCUUGGCGAUUGGAUUGUGGCAGAGAAUGAUACUCUGGUUUCAGCUGGAGGGAAAUUUGAGGUUGGAUUCUUUUCUCCUAAUGAAUUUAGUAGUUCUACUGAUAUUAGAAGAUAUGUUGGGAUAUGGUAUCACAACUUGCAUCAGCGGAUCGUUGUGUGGGUUGCAAACAGACAGAAUCCAUUCCUUGUAAAUUCCUCUGUAGUUUUUGGAAUCACAGAAGAUGGAAACCUCCAAAUACAGGAUAAGAAAACUGGGAAAUCUUAUUGGUCAACGGAUCUCAAAAAGUUCCCAUCAUCAUCUGCAAACAGGUCAGUGACGCUCAUGGACACUGGAAAUCUGGUGUUGAGAGAGAGUAUUAAUGAUCAGUGGGCGACAUCAAGCUUGUGGGAGAGCUUUAGAGACGCAAGUGAUACGUUUCUACCGGGGAUGAAGAUGGACGAAAACUUCACAUUGACUUCGUGGAAAAGCGAAAAUGAUCCAAGAAAAGGGGAGUUCCACUUUAAACUCGAAAACGGAUCAUAUGUGGUUUUCAAGAGCAAAUCAGUUCUUUAUUGGAAAAGUGGAGAUGCAGGGAAAUUUUUCGGGUCAGCUAAGAUGUCAGAAACGGUAGUCAACCUGUUAUCAAAUUUCACCAAGAACAUUACUUCUCAUCGAAGAAACCUAGAAAAUGACUAUUUUCUUGAGAGGUUUGUGAUCAAACCAAACGGAACGAUUCAGUACCUCAACUGGGAUAAGGAAAAUAAUGAUUGGUCUGUGAAAUGGUGGGAACCGAGAGACAACUGCAGUGUGUUCAAUGCCUGCGGAGACUUUGGCAUCUGUACGGUCAGCGACAACGGGUUUACCUGCAAAUGCAUUCCUGGAUUCAUGCCGAAAGAUCCAAGGAGGUGGAAGUCAGGGGAUUUCUUAGGUGGCUGCAAGAGAGGAAAGGCACUCUGCGGCGAGAAGACGACGUUCUUGAGCUUGAAGAUGAUCAAAGUUGGUUACCCGAAAUCAGAAGGCUUGCCAGUUAACAACGAGGCUGAGUGUCGGAAGGAGUGCGAAGACAAUUGCCAUUGCCAAGCUUAUUCCCUUCAGCCAGCUCCGAGAAGAGGUAAUACUGCCCUGUGCUGGAUAUGGCAGGAAUCUCUCAACGAUCUUCAAGAGGAUUAUGCGCAGGGUGAUCUUGAGCUCUUCGUUCAAGUCGUCUUGUCUGAUUUAGAACCAACCGGCAGAGACUGCAGGCCUUGUGGGACAACCGUGAUCCCUUAUCCCUUGAGCACCGGAUAUGAUUGUGGCGACCCUUUGUACUUCAGUUUCCAAUGCAGCAACGCCAAUGGCAGAGUCAGUUUCAAUGCAUCCGGUGGCGAAUACCAAGUAAUUAGCAUUAAUCCAAGUAGCCAAAAAUUCAUCAUCCAAGUCCAUGAGGAUAAGGUCAUUCACAACUGCAUGCCUAAAACUUAUAGAAUCACGAAUCCGCAGCUCAACCAGUCUGUAUUUAAUGCCACCGAUUGGUGCUACGACAAAGGUGAAAAGGGCAAGAUAGAAGUUCAAUGGAAGAUACCCCAGGAGCCAACCUGUACUUUGAAGGAAGACUGCAAAGAAUGGCCAAGUUCAACUUGUUCUAAGGCAAAGAGUGAUGGAAAGAAGAGAUGCUUUUGCAAUUCAAACUUCAAUUGGGAUGGUGUUAAAUUGAAUUGUACUGGUAAACAAGGCCGUGAUCUUAAGCAGCCUGAAGAAAAGCCUGAUAAAGAGAAAGCUUCAUCGCCAUUGGUGAUUCUCUUGUCUACAAUUUCAAGUGUGACUAUUAUGGCAUGCAUUGUCCUUUCUUUUGUCAUGUGGCAACGAAAGAUGGCCGAGAGAAAAGAGAAAAGAAAAUUAUCUGAACAAAGAAAUAGAGCACUCCGCCCGUUGGACACAGAAAGACAAAUCAAUGACUUGAUAGACUCUAGCGAGUUCAAGGGAGAUGGUGAAAAGGGCAUAGAUCUACCGUUUUUCGAUUUAGAAAGCAUACUAGCUGCAACAGAUUACUUCUCCGAUGAAAACAAACUUGGACAAGGGGGCUAUGGACCUGUCUACAAGGGAAAGUUUCCAGGAGGUCAAGACGUCGCAAUAAAGAGACUUUCAAGCGUUUCUGGCCAAGGCUUGCAGGAAUUCAAGAAUGAGGUUAUUUUAAUAGCAAAACUUCAACAUCGAAACCUCGUUCGACUUCGGGGAUAUUGCAUGGAAAAAGACGAGAAGAUUUUACUCUAUGAAUACAUGCCUAAUAAGAGCUUAGACACCUUCAUAUUUGAUGACACAAAAAGUGCUCUAUUGGACUGGGUGCUGCGCUUUGACAUUAUUAUGGGGAUAGCUCGAGGGCUUCUUUAUCUUCACCAAGACUCUAGAUUAAGGAUCAUUCACAGAGAUUUAAAAACGAGCAAUAUUCUUUUAGACCAGUUCAUGAACCCCAAAAUAUCCGACUUUGGUUUGGCGAGAAUGGUUGGAGGCAAACAAACAGAGGCCAACACAAGCAGAGUAGUUGGAACCUAUGGUUAUAUGCCUCCAGAGUAUGCACUAGAAGGAGUUUUCUCCGUCAAAUCCGAUGUCUUUAGCUUCGGUGUUGUUCUACUUGAGACUGUUAGUGGGAAAAGGAACACAAGAGUUGUUCAGUCCGAUCAACCUCUGACCCUCCAAGGUUAUGCAUGGAGACUCUGGACAGAAAACAAGGUGCUGGAUUUGAUGGACCAGACAUUGAAAGAAAGUUGCAAAGAAGAUCAAUUUAUAAAGUGUGUGAAUGUUGGGCUCCUAUGCGUGCAAGAAGACCCGUGUGAUCGGCCAAACAUGUCGAAUAUAGUCACCAUGCUUGACAGCGAAUCCGCAACACUUCCAUCUCCAAAACAACCGGCCUUUGUGCUUAGGAGAGGAUCUAACACAGGCACGGCUUCUUCUUCUAGUAAGCCCACAGCAAUUACUGAAAUAACUUUUAGUUUGGAAGAAGACGCCGUCACGUUUAGGAGUUUUCUUACUGAUGAGACAAAAGGUUCUCUUGUUUCAGCAGGAGAAGUUUUUGAGUUGGGAUUUUUUACUCCUAAUGGAAGCUCUGACUAUAGGAGAUAUGUUGGGAUAUGGUAUUACCAGUCUAGUCCAAAAGCAGUUGUGUGGGUGGCCAAUAGAGAUAGCCCGGUUUCGGGUACUAAUGGAGUUUUCGCAGUUUCGGAAGAUGGCAAUCUCAAGGUAUUGGAUAAGAGUGGGAAAAUAUAUUGGUCAACAAACAUUGCAAGCUCAUCCCAAGGGAAUAUAACAGCCAAGUUAAUGGAUUCUGGGAAUUUGGUUCUGAGUAGUGAAGAUCCCAAAGAUCAGUCAGUGACGAUUCUCUGGCGAAGUUUCGAAAAUCCGACAGAUACUUUUCUUCCAGGAAUGAUGUUGGAUGAGAAUUUAGUAUUGACUUCAUGGAGAAGUUUUGAUGAUCCAGCACCAGGGAACUUCACAUUUCAUCAGGAUCAGGAGAGGACAAACCAGGUCAUCAUUUUGAAGAGAUCGGUUAAGUACUGGAACAGCGGAGUUUCGGGGAGAUUCAUUAGCCUCAAUGAGAUGCCUCCAACAAUGCUUUACUUGCUCUCAAAUUUCACUUCCAAAACAGUCCGCAACAACUCUAUUCCUUAUCUCACACCAUCAAUGUACAUCAACACAAGGCUGGUCAUGACAAUUUCGGGUCAAAUUCAGUACCUGUUGUGGGAUUCUCAUAAGGUUUGGUCCGCAAUUUGGGCAGAGCCCAGAGAUAAAUGCAGUGUGUACAAUGCUUGUGGAAAUUUUGGUAGCUGCAACAGUAAGAACAACUUGGUCUGCAAGUGUUUGCCCGGUUUCAAGCCAAUCUCGCAGAAAAAUUGGAAUAGUGGGGAUUACUCAGGUGGGUGUGCCAGACAAACAGCAACAUGUAGUAACAAUUCCAAGGGUGACACAUUCUUGGACCUGAAGAUGAUGAAAGUUGGAAAUCCAGAUUCUCAAUUCAAUGCCAAGAGUGAAAUGGAGUGUAAAAUGGAGUGCCUCAACAACUGCCAGUGUCAGGCCUACUUGUAUGAAGAAGGUGAAAUAACACAAGGGAGUAGUAGCUCUGCAUGUUGGAUUUGGUCUGAGGAGCUCAACAAUCUUCAGGAGGAGUAUAAAAGUGACCGGAACCUCCAUGUUCGUGUGGCAGUCUCCAAUAUAGAGUUGACAAAGAGGAGUUGCGAAUCAUGUGGCACAAACCUGAUCCCUUAUCCUCUUAGCACUGGACCAAAAUGCGGUGACCCCUCGUAUAACAGUUUCCACUGCAACGUCUCGGAUGGCCAGGUCAACUUUGAGACACCAAAUGGCACCUUCAGAGUCACAAGCAUCAAUCCAGAUACACGAACAUUUUUCAUCCGGAUCGAAGACAUAGAUAAUUGUAAAAAUAUUUCAAGUGGAAACUUUUUGCAGCUAAACCAGUCAUUGCCAUUUAAUAUGAUGAGCGGUUGCAAUUCUAACUUGGCAAAUUUUAGUUCCGAGUUAAUAUCUAAAGGCGGGGUGGAAGUAGAAAUUGCUUGGAAACCACCAUUAGAGCCAAUUUGUUCUGCACCUGCGGACUGCCAGGACUGGCCAAAUUCAAGUUGCAAUGAAACUGAAGAUGGGAAGAACAGGUGCAUCUGCAACAAAAAUUUCCAUUGGGAUAGCUUGAACUUAAAAUGCACUCGAGAGAGUGCGCACAGCAAGAAAACUGGUAUAGGAAAGAUGACAUUGGCUCUGACAAUUACAGUUAUUUGCACAAGUAUUGCAGUUAUAGUUACUCUCUCAAGUACUAUUUUUUUUAUUUUUUGUUGGAGAAAAAAGCUGGUCAAAAGACAAGAUAGCAAAGGAAGCUUUGAAAAGAAUGCUGUGCUUCAAUUGUAUGACAGUGAGAGACGCGCGAAAAGCUUCAUUGAAUCAGGGAGGUACAAAGAGGAUGAUACCAAAGGCAUAGAAGUACCUUUCUUCGAUCUCGAAAGUGUACUUGCCGCAACAGAUUACUUCUCGAGCACAAACAAGCUUGGACAAGGAGGGUUUGGACCUGUGUACAAGGGUAAGCUUCCGGGUGGACAAGAAAUUGCUGUAAAGAGACUCUCAAGUGGUUCAGGACAAGGCCAUGAGGAAUUCAAGAACGAAGUUCUGCUGAUUGCGAAACUUCAACAUCGAAAUCUGGUUAGACUUUUGGGUUAUUGCAUUGAAGCAGAAGAAAGGAUGUUGAUAUACGAAUACAUGGCUAACAGAAGCUUAGACUCUUUCAUAUUUGAUCGAAAGUUAUGCAUGAUACUGGACUGGCAUAUGCGUUUCAACAUCAUUUUGGGAAUUGCCAGAGGGCUUCUCUACCUUCAUCAAGAUUCGCGGCUAAGAAUUAUCCACCGAGAUCUGAAAACCAGUAACAUAUUGCUAGACCAGGAAAUGAUUCCCAAAAUCUCCGACUUCGGUUUGGCAAGGAUUUUUGGUGCCAAUGAAACCUCAGUAAACACCAAAAGAGUAGUUGGGACAUAUGGCUAUAUGUCUCCAGAGUACGCUUUAGAUGGACUAUUUUCAGUCAAGUCCGAUGUUUUCAGCUUCGGAGUUGUCGUGAUUGAGAUUAUUAGUGGAAAAAGGAACACUGGAUUUUAUGAGCCUGCACAUGCUUUGAGCCUCCUAGGCUAUGCAUGGCAUCUUUGGAAAGAAGAGAAUGCACUGGAUUUGUUGGAAAAGACACUAUGUGAAAGCUGCAAGAAAGAGGAAUACUUGAAGUGCAUUAAUGUUGGUUUGUUAUGCGUCCAAGAAGAUCCAAGUGACCGUCCUACCAUGUCGAACGUCGUUUUCAUGCUCGGAAGCGAAACUGCAACGCUUCCAACUCCUAAACAACCGGCAUUUGUUGUCAGGCGAUGCCCUUCUAGCAGAGCAUCUUCUUCAAGUAAACCAGAAACAUUUUCACAUAACGAAUUAACGGUCACGUUAGAAGAUGGCAGAUAGCAAAAAAGGUGCCUUUUCGCAGUUUUCUUGUUCCGUUGAUCAAUGACAUGUUAUGAAGCUACUUCUCUAUCAGCAUUAAAUUUUGAGGCCAUGUACCUUUCUUUUCUUUUCAUUUCUUAUUAGAGUAUAAUGAAUAUGUGAAAAUUAUUUUUUUUUUCUCCAAUUGAGUGUCACGCUUCCUUGGUUUAGGCGAUAUCUGAAACUAGUGAGCAUCAAAAUAAACUUUAGGAUGCAAAGUAGAGUUGCUUUGUGUGCGCUGAAGCAUAUACAUCGCUCUUAAG